AUGGCGGCGCCGGCGGGCCGAGACCGGAAAGAGAACCAGCCGUACGACGACGGAGGGGGAUACGGCAAGUUCAGGAAGCGUCCAUUACGCCGGAGUCAGGCGGCCACUCCAUACGAUCGCCCUUCAACCGCAAUUCGCAACUCUGGCCUCCAAACCUCCAACGGCAGCGGCAAUGGCUGGUUUUCGAAACUGGUGGAUCCGGCGCAGAGGCUCAUUGCCUCCGGUGCUCAUAGGCUUUUUGCAUCUCUCCUCCGCAAGCGCCUUCCUCCUCCUCCACCGACGCAGCCGCCGGAGCCAGAAGCAGAGCGGUUCUUGAAGCAGAAGCGACUGGAAGCAAUUUCCAAGGGCAAGCAAGUCGAAACAGUACCCAUGCUUUCCUCGAAGGCCCCUGUAUACUCACAGGGAGAACCUAGCCAUAUGCAUGAACGCCCUAGUAGUUCAGUGGGUGGUGCAGUUACUGAUUUGGAGUCGAUGCUGCAGCAGAAAAAAUUUACCAGGAAUGAGAUUGAUCGAUUGACUGCUCUCCUGCAGUCAAGGGUUGUUGACUUGCCUGUGGAAAAUGAGAAGUCUGAACUUGUUCCUCCAAAUUCAUUUCUUUUGCGUGACAAGCAGUUUCCCGGUACUCCAGUUAAAGACAAUGGGAUUGGGAACCACCUCAACUCCACCCCACAUGUCCUCGAUCAAGAUGUUGCUUCACCUGCAGAGCUUGCAAAAGCUUACAUGGGCAGCAGGCCUUCAAAAGUAUCUCCGUCAAUGUUAAAUUUGACCAAUCAACCUUGGAAGGAUGAUUCAGCUCCGCAGGUCAGUCAGAUCUUCCGGCCGAAAGGGCCAACCACACCAACCACUUACAGGUCUUCUGGCAAAGUUGGAUUGAUAGAGAAUGGUUUCAUGACACCAAGAUCUCGAGGCAGAUCGGCUAUUUACAGCAUGGCUAGAACACCAUAUGCUAGAACACAGUCAAUCCAGGGAGCUGGGACUUCAAUUGAUGCUUUUGGUGGGCAAGGGUCUUCAUAUCAAGGUGUAAUGGAGAAUGACAGAUUUUCUGGGUCCAGACAAGGGACUUUAAAAAGGAGGAAUUCUGUCCUGGAGAGCGAUAUUGGGUCUGCUAGUUCUAUACGUAGAAUUCGUCAGAAGUCAAAUCUAAUGUCUGCCGGAGCUCUCUCAGUUCGUGGAACUCGUUUAAAACCAGACCAAGAGGGACACCUGGCCCUGACCUCAAAGACUGUUACCAAAGAUGAACCUUCCAAGGAAAAUGGUGAUCACAGCAUUCAGAAUUCAGGAUUCCCCCCCGUCUCUUCUAAAUCAAGUGAUAUGGCUUCAAAGAUACUCCAGCAACUAGAUGUGUUGGUCUCAUCAAGGGAAAAAUCACCAGCUAAGUUGUCGCCAUCCAUGCUACGCGGGCAAGCACUUAGAAGCCUAGAGAAAAUAGAUUCUUCAAAGUUUUUGGAGACUGCUCAGAAUAGUACUCUGAGCAAUGCAAGGAAUGGUAGUGUGUUAGAUGCUGAACGGUCUAUACCUGAAAAGGAGGACAAAAUUGAACAAAAUGGUCCAAACACGGUAGACAUUGAUGGUGGCAAUUUGGUUGCAAGCAAAAUUGUGGAGAAACCCAACUCAUUUGAUACUGGAGUGGUCAGUGCAGGAAUAAACUUUUCUGCUCACCCUGCUCAUAAAAAAAAGCCGGGUUUCCGUAUGAGUGCGGAUGAGGAUUUCCUGGAUAUUGAUGAUGAUGACAGUGCUGGGAAUACUUCUUCGUUGUGGGGGACGGGUGAUAUGAAGCUUAUUUCUAGCUCUGAUGAGAAUAAAGCUGUCGAAGCCGCUGUGGUGGACAAGACUCCAGCUCUUUUGGGAGAAAAUCCCUUGCCAAGUUCUACACUGAUCAAGAAAGACACUGCAACUCAUAAUGGGCCAACAAGUGUAGGAACUAGCAAUACUUUUGCAUUUGCAGCACCUUCAUCCACAGAGGCUGUGAAGCAGGCUGCCGUCCCAAGUCAAUCAGCUGCUGUUUCUGAUAACGCUGCCAUUGGAAUAUUUAGCUCUGGGGGGAACACUUCAUUGCAAACUGAAUUAAACGGUGCCACUGGGAAAGUUUCGCUGUUUUCUUCUGUGUCUCCUUUGACUGCUGCGAACAAUGGAUUCAGCAACAAAUUUGGUGCUUCUUCAGCCUCCCAAUCGGUUAGCUCACAGAGGGUCUUACCUGUAGCUGCUCUAGCUGAUCCUGUGGCAAAACAACCUGAUGUAGAUAACGAUGCAGACACAAAUAAAGCUGGUGUGUCUUUCAAUACGAGCGGAACUCCACUUUCAUCUGUCUUGGCUUCGUCGCCAGCGGUAGGCAUGUUCUCGUUUGGGUCAGGUCUACAAAAUGGAACUCUCCCAGGUUCAUCAACUGGUCUUAAUACAUCCAGUAGCUCCCUUUCGGCCGUUCCUAAUGGCAGCAUUGGCACAGACAUAUCUGUGAAUGCUGUGAACUCUGGUAGUACUGGCAAUUCAGCAUCAGAGGCAAACCCACCCUUGAGUUCGUCUAUUUUCAAAUUUGGGUCACCUGCCACUUCAAGUUCAGUUUCUUUUGCUAGCGCUGGUGGUGGCAUUGGUCGAAGCAAAACAGAGACUAGCUAUGGGAGUAUUGCCGGUGUUCCUUUUGGUGAUUCUAAGCCUGCCGUUGCCAGCACUGGAAGUGGCCUUUUUGGUGUUGCCCCGUCCAUAGUUGCUGGGAGUACUACAAGCAGCAGCCCUUCUAAUGAUAUUUCAGCUACCUCCGCCAAAAGUACCUUAGUUAGUAGUCCAUUUGGCGGCCCAAGCGCAAACGCUGGAAGCACCCUUGUUGGUGGUACUGCUGCUUCUGGUGCAGUUACCAGCAACGGCUCUCUUGGUGACACUACUCCUACAGGUAAAAGCCCAGGAAGCAGCAUUUUCGGUACUGCUACCAGUGCCAGCACUGGGAAUAGCCUCUUUAGUGCAGUAGCUCCGAGUACAACUGGAAGCAGCUUUUUUAGUUUCAGUUCCAAGUCAACUUCACCAGGCCCUGCUAGUGAGGCCCAAGUUUUGAAUAAUCCAGGUAGCACUCAGGUAGCUGCAACUGGCUUUGCUACAUCAACCCAGAGUACUCCUAGUCAGUUCGGUUCUUCCAUGUCGUCUCCUUUUGGGUUGAAUUCAACUACAGCUCCUGCUGCUGCCGCUGCCGCUGCUGGUAGUUCGAUUUUUGGUUCGUCAUCAAUAUCUAAUCCAUUCAGUUCUGGAACUUCUUUUGGAGCGACUUCUUCCACUCAGUCUUCAGAACCAAAUAAGUCUGUUAGCUCGAGUUCGAGCACUUCAUCUCCGCUUUUUGGUUCGAGCUGGUCAACAACACCUGUAUUUGGUAGUGGGUCCAGCUCAUCAGCUUCAUCGAGCGGGUUUGUCUUUGGAGCAUCGUCGUCGAGUGGUGCUUCUAUUGGUGGUGCUACUGCAUUUGGAUCGUCCAAUAAUGCUACAUCAUCUAGCUCCCCGUUCUCUUUUAGUGCGCCUGCAGCAAAUCCUCCACCUACUACAACUGUGUUUGGUAACCCUACUAUAACUCCAUCCUUUGCAUUUGCUUCAACUCCAUCAUUCGGCUCAACUCAACCAUCGGUUAACAAUGAUCAAAUGGGGAUGGAGGACAGCAUGGCAGAAGACUCAGUCCAGGCAACCACACCAUCUAUCCCCUUGUUCGGUCAGCAGACUACCACACCCCCAUCGUCAGGCUUUAUAUUUGGUUCUGCAGCACCGCCAACCAGUGGAAAUCCUCUUUUCGGUUCUACUGCUCCUCCAUCUGCAGGAAACCCUCUGUUUGGUUCUACUGCAGCGGGAACCCCCCAGUUUGGUUCUACUGCUCCAGGAACCCCUCAGUUUGGUUCUGCAGCAGCAUCCCCUGGGAUCCCGUUUCAAUUCGGUGGUCAACCGAGUAUGUCAGCAGCUCCACAAGCUGCUUCUCCAUUUCAGGCCACUAACAGUCUGGAGUGUGCAGGCAGCUUCUCAUUAGGGACCGGUGACAAGAGCAACAGGAGAAUCGUCAAAGUGAGGAAAAGCUCGCGGAAGAAGUGA